AUGUUCAACAGGAAGAGGAUGCUCAGCUGGAGGAUCCUGAAACAUGUGGAUCCACUGACCAACUGUGUGAGGUACUACACCCCCAGGGGGCGCUUCGUGCACGUCUCCCCUACCGGCCCCCGCUCCAAUUGGGCCAACGACUUUGGCGAGCCCUGGUGGAAGGACCGACGCUACGAGGUGGGAGUGCUGACGACUAAAGCCAGGUGGAUACGAGUCAUCAACGUGCAGACGUCACAGGAGCAGCAGCUGCAGGUGUGUUCAGAGGAGACUCUGGACGAGAUCCUCCAGCGUUACCUCCGCUACAACUCUCACGCCCGCAGCUACAGCUGGAAACAUGAAGGAGUAAGUCUGGACAUGAGCAGGACGCUCAGUGAAAACAACGUCCCUGAUGAAGACCACAAGCUGGAGGAGCUGCGACUGGACAGCAACCUCUUCAUCACCGCCCUCCUCCUCCACUUCAGUGAUGACCUCACAGAGGGAUGACCUCUGACAUCAUGAAGGCCCAGUGGACAGAUGUGACAUGAAAACACAAGUGUCACCUGACAGGAAAAUGAACUGCAGCUGUGAGAAAAGAGCUUCUGUAUUUUGAUGCUGAUUGAUUAUCAUAUCAUGUUAUUUUAAGGUUGUGUUUCUGAAAUAUAUAUAUGUAAAUGUAUAUCUACAAACACACAUGUACGUAUGUGUAUGACGAUCUAUAUAAAAACAUACACACAUACACACACACACAUAUAAAUAAAUACGUACACACAAAACAUACAAAACAGAUGUAUUAUAUCAGUGGAUAUUUGUUUGUGUUGUUGUUAACAUCAAUGUUGACUUGUGUUAUGACCGUGUUGUGCUCAUCCAGUUUCCAUUAGAUCAACGCCUUGUGGGCGGGGCUCUGGAGUACCAGCGUUCACUUUGUAUCAAAAGUUUAAUUUUACUUCGUGAACUCCUCUGUUCUCAGAAAACACAAAGAUUCUCACGUUGGUUAAAAUUGAGGAAGUAACAGUAUCACAAUAAACAGGAAGUGUUGAUAAAUACCACAGGGGUACUAAACUACUCUGCAAGUCAGGCAGUGGGAACCAUAGGGAUACUUUUACUCUGAUUACUCCAGUACUGCACCUGAUCUGCAGCUGUGAAAGAUCUAAAUAAAUACAAAUAAAAAGAGAGCUUCUAUUACUAUUUUGCUGAUUAUUAUAUCAUAUUAUAUUAUUUCACAGUUGUUUCCAAUAUAUAUAUAGAUAAAUGUAUAUCUACACACAAACAUAUGUUGGU